AUGAAUUGUAUGAUGAUAAUCAUUUUUUCUGUCUUGGUCUCUAUCAACGGAGUUUAUCCUCAGACUUCGACCGAUGGUAUUGGUGCCGUUUAUACAAUGUCGAAUGGAGCUAUUAUGAAUCAAAUUAUUGUCAGUAGUCUAAAUUCAAAUGGUCAAUUGACUUUGAUUCAGACGGUUAGCACAAAUGGCACCGGCGUAAAUACAUCUAUGGGAGAUCCGUUAUUUUCGCAAGGUUCAUUACAAAUCUAUUCGAGUUGUUUAUUUGCUGUGAAUCCAGGUUCGAAUUCAUUGUCGAUGUUUUCGAUCGAUCCAUUGAAUGCUACAAAUUUGACAUUAGUUUCUGUGCAACAAGUAAAAGGCUGGUUUCCUGUUUCAGUAACAGUCAAUUCAAUGUAUGCUUGUGUCUUAACUGGUGGUAAUUCAACUGGAAUUCGUUGUUUCAUGUAUAAUAUGUCAGGCUUAUAUGUUGUGCCAUCGAUGGAUCGUGACCUAACAUCGUAUAUUUCACAAAGUGUUCCACCAAGUGGCCCGAGAGGAACAAUGAGCGAAAUUCUAUUCUCGGCUGACAAUCGGUCUUUGAUUGUUGCUGUCAAAGGCUACAAUAGUACAAUGCCUGGCUAUCUCUUAUUCUAUCUCUUCAGUGAUUUAUACACGUUAGCAAUGAAUCCAAUACAACAAAUACCAACCAAUGGUAUAUUACCAUUUUCAAUGACACUAGUCAGUAGCAACGGCUUAUUAGUCACUGAUCCCGGGCCAAACGGUGUUCUAACCAUGAACUACACGCCAACGAAUGGGUCCAUUUCGAAUAGUAUGCUGACACCGAUUAAUUCUACACUAGCAGGCGCUCUCUGUUGGUCCACAUAUUCAUCAAUGACUGGAAGCUAUUAUGUCAUUGGUGCCAAUCCAGCAGCUAUUGUGGAAUUACGUCUUAAUUUAAGUUCCAUGUCAACACCGGUUAAAAUUUUGCAAUACUAUUCACUGCCGAAUAAUAUAGGCGCACUUGAAACGACCGUUGUCAAUGUCUCUGGCACUGAUUAUUUGUUUGUCAUCGGUACAACAGCGCAUGCCAUUAGUAGUUAUCGCUUGAAUGGACCUGGUAGUGCAACAUUUAUUGGUGUUUUUACCGUACAACAAGGAAAUGUAACCACUAUACCUAAACUUGCUGGUGUUGCAGCAUUUAUUCAGAAAACUUCUUCAACAGCUACAUUAAUUUUACCAUCGAUCACCAUUACUAUGCUUUGCUUUCUGUGUCUUUCAAUGGUUAAAACUAUAUUUUCCUUUUAA